GUUAAUCUGUGCUGACAGCUUUAGCUCUCGUCCUACAUUGACGUUUGUCAAAAUCCGCAGGUUUUACAUAGAGGGGUGCUACUUUAAAAAUACAAAAAUGAGUAGCCAAAUGUCUGCUAUUGAUCUUAUGAAAUUAGGAGAUGAAGGGAGAACAAAACCCUUCUUAAAUCAAUAUUGGCCAUAUAUCUUGGGUGUAACUUUUGGCAUUGGCACUGGAGUCUUUAUGAAUUUCGGGACUCGGCGCCCUGUUAUGAGUGGUAUUCAAAAGCAUGUUUUAGCUACCGCUGGAUGGUGCGGAAUACUCUCUUAUUUCACAAAACAAAGAGAAGAUUAUUUAGCAGAAAAAGAGGCAGUUUUAAGACACUAUAUUGAAUUGCAUCCAGAGGAUUUUGUUGAACCAGAGAGGAAGAAAAUUGGUGAUAUUUUGGAACCCUGGAUUCCUGUUAGAUAAAUAAUUUUCAAGUAUGUAAUAAAGAACUAUUAGUCAAGUGAUAUAAUAAUUUUGUUGAAUAUAAUAAAGAAAUAUUAAAACA